AUGGUCAGCUCCUCGCGACCAUUGAACCGCUCCUCAAGUGGGCGCUUCACACGUCGAGGCCCUAAAAAUAUCGCGACCGCCGAGUCAAACGAGAACCACGCAGCGCCCUCCGCAGCCGCGCCCGCGUCGCAGGACGCGCUCUCCAUCGCCAGCACGCCCGUCGCGCCGUCCCAGGACGACUCCGCGACGCCCACGACCGGCCAGACGCUGAAGCUGCUGGGCCCCCGCCCGGCGACGAGGAAUCGUGGCUCGUCGCGAAGGAAGGGCGCCACACCGAUCGCCAGCGCUGAGCAACAGCAGCAGCAGCACCCGAGACCUCCGACCAAAGUCACAGUCACACAGCCGCAUGGGGGCCUGGUACAAGCGACCAACGGCGUGCAAACGCAGCUCGACCUCCGCGACGAUGACGUGCCCUCCCAGUCCGCAACGCCCAAACCCGACGCCCAGGGUGGCCUGUCAGUGCCCACCAGCACAUCACAGCCUCAGGACAAGCGGACGUUGAGGAGUCAGGACGGCGGCUCACGCCUCAAAAGCGACCUGGCCAUCUAUUUUCCCAACUAUGACGACGUGAUUGCCGGCGUCGAGACCAAGUCUGAUUUUCUCGACAUCGACGAGCUCGUCCACAUCAUCGAUGAGCCCCUCAGCGAUCCCGUCCCCCUCCCUGGACCUGUCUCUUCCCUGCCUUCGUCCAUUCCUGAGAAGAGGCGGCCCUCACUCCUCACCCCCGCCCACUCAUCGUCCAACCCCGCCACGACACUCAAUGGCUACAAGCCUUACGCCCAAGUCAACACCGGUAUACAAACUGUCGAUUUUUCCACAAUCGUCCGCCACACGCCACACCACAUAACCACUGAUCCUCUUGACGAUGACUUCUUCUUCAAGGCACACAGGCGUGCCGAGCGCAAGGAAAAACAACUACGGAAUAUCGAGAAAGAGAGAGCCAUGCAUGAGAAGGUACAGCUGGAACGUCUUCUAGAUGGGCUUCUUGGCCAUGAUUGGCUGCGUGUCAUGGGUGUCACUGGCAUCACCGAUUCGGAGAAGAAAGAAUUCGAGCCAAAACGCGACUACUUCAUAUCCGAGGUCAGGGCGCUGGUGGAUAAGUUCCGGAUAUGGAAAGAGGAAGAAAAGAGACUCAGGCUUGAGAAAGAACAAGCCCAGCAAGCGAAGGAUGAAGAUGAGGAAGAGGCUGAUCAGCACGCCGAACGCGCCGAAGAGGAUAGCAUGGGCGAACCCCCAAAUUCCAGCGACAUUGAUGCCUGGGCUGCGCGGCAGUUGCAACAGGAAGCCAUCUCUGCAAGUGGUUCGUCAAACAAACAACCAAAACCUCGACCCCCACCUCCCCCUAUCAUUUACCGGCCUCCUUCUCCCGAGCGGCCUUUCACUUCAUUCUACUCCAAGCCCCACCUCCGCGCUGCCGCCAUGGGCAAACAAAGGCACGGCCGCAAUGUGACGGCCUUUGGGCAACCGGUCCCCGAACCUCCAGAGGAAGAGUUCGCGCUUCCUGAGGAAUAUCUCACGCCCGAAGCCUUGCGUGCGCAUGCGCGAAAGAAGCGGCGGAUGAUGAGGGAGAAGAGACAAUAA